AAGGAAACAUGAAGCAGUGAAGAAACAAUUGUGGGCUUUUUUCUAAAGUAGAGAGAAUUUUUCGGCGUCACUCACCGCGGAUCUGCAAAAAAGGACAUUUUCCCGUGUUUUAAUUAAUGCGAAUAGUGUGGAAAAGUAAGUGGGCGCCGCGUGUGAUCGACUGGUGGUGUUUUCCGGGCCGCCAAACGUGCAGAAGGGUGUGAAAAGUCGCAAAAAAUGGGCGUCCGACGCGCCAUUUGGUGAAGGUUCGGUUAUUUCGUCCGGGAGACGAUGUUGGGUGCAAAAACGGGAGAAAAUCCCACCGUGGGUGCUUCUCUGUGAAAAAACAACAAGGGUGCGAGUGGAUUUUGGGCAAAAGAGCCCCCUCAAAGAGUGGGUAGACGGAGAAAUUUUGUGUCUCCUUUGUUCGUCGUACCGGAGAAGAUUUCUUGUGUGUGGCUGCUGCGCCCCCUUUGCAUUUUGUGAACUCUCCCCCAUACCCCCUACGAGAAUAUUUGGGGCGCACACCCGGACGGCAAAAGUGUAUGUGGGGACGCUGGGUGUUGGUUUCUUACGGAUGAUGAUGGACUUUUGAGAACUUUUUUGUUCAGCGCGCAAAUCUUCGCCACCAACACACAGGGAGGGCAGCCGAACGAAUCCCAAAUACACACAACCAGCCGGCAUUUUGCCACUUUUUCCACGACGCGAACGACGUCGAUCAUCAACAAAAUAGUCAUUAUUCCGUGUGCUUUUUCGUUUGCUUCUUCUUCUCCGUUCUUCCCAACCACACACCAUCACCACGAAAACGGGAGGAAGAGGAGACGCGGAGGAUAAAACUUGCGGAUCCGGACAACUCGCCACAAACACACAGUGCUGAAGAAUUCUCGCGAGCCCGGGUAAAAGGUGCUCCAAAGUGUACGCGCGCGUUGAAGUGUUCGCAGAGUGCUCGCCAAAUUGUGAAGUUUUUUUUUAAAAAAAAAAAAAGAAAAACCCAAAAAGUAAAAUUGUGAAAAAUUAGGAAAAGAAAAAAGACAAGAAAAUUGAGAAAACAAUCUUCCGAGACGAUUCCUAUUUCCUGUUCUCUUGAAUGGCAGCGAGACAGCGAAAAUGGCCGGAAAUGGUGGACCGCCACAGCAGCAGACACAGCAGCAUCACCACCAACAGCAGCAGCAUCAUCAUCUUCAGCAACCUCAUCGUCCACCGGGCGGCAUGAGUGAUCCACAGCAGCAAAGCCAGCAGCAGCAACAGCAGCAAAAGGUUAAAUCACCGCCGGGAAACGGGCCACCAAUGGAUCCUUCGGCAAUGCCACCCCACCAUCAUCCAUACAGUGAACCGCCUGGUGGACAUGGGAUGCCACCCGGUUCGGCACCUCCACCUGGUGGGCCACCACCCCCACCGCCAGAUGGAAUGAUGAGUGGCGGUGGGAAGGAUGAUGGGCCAACCGGGCUGUACCCCGGACAUCCGGCACAGUAUCAGCAGCGUUACCAUGACCCAAAUGUCAUUCCGCAAAACGAUCCCUAUAGCCACUAUCGGGUUGUGAGCGGUGGCAAACCCACAAUGAUACCGCCAAGUCGGCCACCGCAGCGGUAUAUGCCAUCUCCGGGGGGACCGGGGAAUCCACCGGGUGCCCAAGUGGUACCUGGACAGCCACCUCAGGGCCCUACGCCAACGCUGAAUAGUCUGCUGCAGUCGCAUCCGCCUGCACAGCAUCGUGGCGGCUAUCCAAAUAGCUAUGAUCACCAACAACCGCCGCAGCAGCAUCCGCCACCGCCGCCGCCACAGUCGCCUUAUGGACCCCAUCAGGCACAAGGAUGGGCACCACCGCCACGGCCCUAUAGUCCCCAAAUGGGUGGCCCAGGGCAACCCUACAGGCCGCCGCCACCGACAAAUACAUCACGGGGACAAUCACCAUAUCCACCACCGGGACAAAGUCCUGGUCCUUAUCCACCUCCUCCGCCACCGCCUCAGCAACAGGCGCCACAGCAGCAAUCCCAGCAGCAGCAACCGCCGCCGCAGGGUCCGCCACAGCCCCAGCCACCGCCACCUGGUCCUGGGGUUGUUGGUAGUACGGGUGGUGGGAGUGGGGGUGUCACUUCUGGUUCCGCGGGUGGUGGUCCACAGUAUUCUCCAUAUCCACAACGAUACCCCACACCACCCGGUAAUCAUCGAUCACCGUAUCCGCCACCGCAUCAGUAUCCUGAACCUACGCGAGCAUGGCCAGGUCCAGGAGGACCAUCUCCAGCUGCGAGUCCUGGUCCUACAAGUGGGCAUCCUCAUCCACCACCUUCACCGCAGCAAUUGCAUCCACCACAAAGUCCUGGUCAUGCCCCAAGUCCGUCCCCACAGCCACCACAGCCGGCGCAAUCACCACAUCAGUAUCCAAAUCGACCAAGUCAAGCCUCAACACCAAAUGCAAAUGAUGGUGAUACUGGGGUGAGUAUCAAUCACAAUAUUCACUUUAUGUCACCACACAAUCCGGAUUCAACGGGCCAAAAUAGCAAUGAUAGUUCGAGCGGUAUUGGUGCGGCUGUCGGUGCCCCUCCUGGAACGCCUAAUUCUCAAGCGAUGAGACCUACACCAUCCCCAACUGGAUCAUCAGGAUCGCGAUCUAUGUCGCCAGCUGUUGGUCAGCAAAACGUUCAGAUGCCACCAAGGCCCUCAAGUAGUCAUUCUCAGGUUCCAAAUCAAGCACCUCAGAGUACGCAGAAUAGUAAUUCACAGCAUCAGCAGCAAACGCAGCCACCACAGUUGGAUCCAGCUACAUCACCAGCACGUCCACCAACGGCACCUGGAUCAAAUCCGCAGCAGCAAUCGCCAGCAAUGGCAGCCACUCAGGGCAGCUACCAAACACCGCCACCGCCACCACCACAUAUGCAUGGUGGCUAUAAAAUGGGACCCAGCCCUGGUCCUGUACCAGGUCCUGGACCGCAAAAUAUGUCUCCGUAUCCGCCACAAUCUCAGCAGUAUUCUCUAGGAAACUAUACGCCACGUCCUCAGUAUCCGGGGAGUUAUGGGCCAGGUCCAGGAGGACAACCGCCACCAUCAAAUAGUAUGCCACCGGGUCCAGGACAAUACCCAGGCAGGCCAAUACCCAAUCAUGUUGGGCCACACUCACAAUUCCCGCCUUAUCAGCAAAACUGGGGGCCACCAGCUCCACAGCCUGGGGGUGGGAUGAUGGGUAAUCAUGUGCAACAGCAGCAGCAGCAGCAACAGCAACCAGGUGGAAAGAAUGUACCGCCACCGCCUCCUGGUCCACCAACUGGAGGUUCACCCCGACCACUGAACUACUUGAAGCAGCAUCUGCAGCACAAGGGUGGCUAUGUGGGUGCCCAGAGUCCAACACCGCCACAGGGCUAUGGGAAUGGUCCGGGUAUGCAUCCACCCAUGGGGCCGCCACAUCACAUGGGCCCACCAAUGGGGCCGACAGGAAGCAUGGGACCGCCAUCGUCAGCACCGCAAAAUCCCCCAUCAGUCGGUGGAACACCAACACCGUCAGCCGGUACACCCGGUGGUCCCAAUAGUCAUCCCGAUGGCAGUGUAACGCCUGAGGGACCUCAGGACAAUGGUAUUAGUUCAUCUGGGCCGACUGGAUCACAUCCAGUCACGUCACUCGUGACUACUGGUCCCGAUGGGGCGCCCCUCGAUGAGGCCAGUCAACAAAGUACGCUUUCCAAUGCUUCAGCAGCAUCAGCUGAAGAUCCUCAAUGUUCCACACCGAAAUCUCGUAAAAGUGAUCAAUACAAUCAGAGCCAUUUGGCGCCACCGAGUGCAUCUCCUGGUGCUCAUCAGCAACAUGAAGACUUCGAGAUGGGAUCUCCAACGUGGUCAAGAACACCAGCAAGUCCGGUUUUUAACAGCCACGUUCCACAGGAAACCUACCGAUCAACAAAGAAAUCGGACAGUUUAUGUAAACUCUACGAUAUGGAUGAUAAUCCAGAUCGUCGAGUGUGGCUGGAUAAACUCCUGGGCUUCAUGGAAGAUCGUCGAUCACCAAUAACAGCCUGUCCAACAAUCUCGAAGCAGCCUCUGGAUCUGUAUAGGUUAUAUAUGUUGGUUAAGGAACGGGGCGGAUUCGUCGAGGUAUGCAAGGUUACCAAGAGUAAAACGUGGAAGGACAUUGCCGGAAUGUUGGGUAUUGGUGCGAGCAGUAGUGCAGCGUAUACUCUGAGGAAGCACUACACGAAAAAUCUCCUGACAUUCGAGUGCCACUUUGAUCGAGGAGGAAUUGAUCCAUUGCCAAUUAUUCAGCAAGUGGAGGCGGGAUCUAAGAAAAAGAAUGCAAAAAAUACAUCAGUUCCUUCACCAGUUUCAGUGGCUGGAUCGUCAAAUUCUCAAGAUUCAUUUCCACCUCCUGGAUCAAGUGGAGCAUCAAUGGAUGGCUACAGUGGAUAUCCUAGUGCUUAUCCUCAGGGAUCUACACCUGACUAUAACUCUCCUCCAAUGCAGAGGCCACCGUCGCAAACAAAUGCACAAUCACCUCAUCCAGGUAAUGCACCUCCGGCUAGCGGUGAUAAUAUAAGUGUGAGCAACCCUUUCGACGAUCCAGUGGGGCCCUCGCGUGCCCCCUAUCAACAGGGUGCUCCAUAUCCCCCGGUUUCGCGGCCUCAAGGUGCUCAGUAUCAGGGACAACCUGCUUACACACAAUAUGGUGGACCAGAGCAGUAUGGACCACCAGGACCGCCAGGACAGUAUCCUCCCCCAGCACAAGGACAAUUUCCACCACCCAAUAGGACAAUGUAUGGUCCACCGUAUGGUCCAGAAGGCGAAACGAGUGCUCCGCCCACAUCAAAUGCUCCUCCAACUACGGCGGAUCCGUACCGAGGUUACGGUGGUGCUCCAUCACCGUAUCCACCACCACCACGUCCCUAUGUGCAGCAGCCGCCAGUGAGUGCUUCCCAGACACCAGCACCUACUGGUGGACCACCGCAACCUGGUACACCCGGAGCUCCGGGUCCUUAUCCGCCACCGCCACAGCAGGAUUACUACCGGCAACCGGAUCAGGCUCCGCAACCCCGGAGGCAUCCUGAUUUUGAAAAGCAACCACAGCCUUAUUCUCCCUAUCCACAGAGGCCGCCGAUGUAUGGUGGAUGGCAAAAUAGUACCGGACAGUAUCGAGGACAAUAUCCACCCCAGCCCACUCCGCAGCAGUGGAGUAGUGGUCAAAGGCCACCAGGUCCGCCUGCUGGGCCUGGUCAAGGACCACCGGGGCAAGCGUGGGAUCGAUACCCACCACAGAGUCAACAGUCACCUUAUCCAGGAAGUCAACAGGGUCAACCACAUUGGGGUGGAAUGGGCCCAGGGCAACCAAAUGUAGGUCCCAAUGCCCAGCUGCGACCUCCACAGCAGCGUGGGAAGGCCAUCAGUAUGCCACCGCCUCAGGGUGCCAAACCAGUUCCGGGACAAUUUCCCCAAACGGGUGCCCCGCCAAAACGUGACAUUGUUUUCCCACUGGACAGUGUGGAGGCCACAACGCCAAUUCUCUAUCGGCGCAAGAGGAUUUGCAAGCAAGAUGUGGCACCCAUUGAUCCAUGGCGGAUAUUCAUGUCACUGCGUUCGGGAUUGCUGGGUGAAACAACGUGGGCGCUCGAUGUGAUCAAUAUUCUGCUAUUUGAUGAUUCUUCCGUGCAGUACUUUGGUCUUGCGCACCUUCCGGGCUUGCUCAAUCUCCUCCUGGAUCACUUCCAGAAGAGCUUAGCGGAUAUCUUCGAUCCGGACGUGAUGGCGGAACGAGAUGGGUACGAAUGGGUAGCAGGAUCACAUGCCAAAAUGAAUGGUGAAUGCGAGGAAGAGAGCAAAGAGAAGGCAGUGUCAAUUGAUCUGGGUGGUGUUGCCGAUGUACCAAAUCCCGAGGAUCGUGUCCUUGUCCUUUCUUCCACGACAAACUACACGCUGAACUCACGAAAGGGGAUUCCAGUGAAGAUAAAUCAAGCAGAGGACGAUAUAUUUGUGUUGGAUGUGAAGAGAUCAUGGGAUGUGGAUACGGAUAAGAAGGGUCAACUCUAUUCCACAGUUGGAGGUGAUCCGUGGAGCUUUGGGCAGAGUGAACCACAUCCCCAUGGGUACAUUAUGGACUGCUUCCGGGCUGAAAUAGUCAACAUUCCAUUUGCGCGGUACUUGAAGGGGAAAGAGUCGGUGGAUAAGCAGCACAGGAAGCACCACAAUUCUUCAUUGAUAGGAACGAAUAAUAGGAAUGGCGGGGGUGGUGUGUGUAAACGAAAUAGUGGACCUAGUCGAACGAAAAGGUUUAAGGAGGAAGUAGAUGAGGCAGCUGUGAAGAAGGAGCCAAUGGAUAGUGAUUGUAGACCGGUGGAUAUGGAAUUGGAACCCACGAGGAUACCAAAUGGACCGGAAUCUGUGAAUGCGGAAGAGGCGAAGGUGGAUGAGGGUGAGAAGAAGGUUGAGGUGAAGAAGGAGGAUGGUGGUGCUCAGGUGUUUGAUCUCAAGCAACACGUACGAGAUCCGGCGUCAACAUUAAAACGACGCCGGAUGAGUGACUACGAAGAUGAGUGCUAUACGCGAGAUGAGGCGAGUCUGUACCUCGUGGCUGAGAGUCAGGAUUCCAUGGCACGACGAUGUGUGGGUAUAUCGAAUAUUCUGCGGAAUCUCACCUUUGUGCCCGGGAAUGAGGUGGAAUUUGCCAAAUCAUCCACCUUCUUGGCAAUCCUCGGGAAGCUUCUGCUGCUGAAUCAUGAUCACCCAAUUCGGACGCAAAAGACACGCAACUACGAUCGCGAGGAGGAUGCAGACUUUGCGGAUUCGUGCAGUAGUUUAGCGGGUGAGACGGAAUGGUGGUGGGACUAUUUGGUGCAAAUUCGCGAAAAUAUGCUCGUGGCAGCUGCCAAUAUUUCGGGUCAUAUGGAAUUGUCGCGGUACGAUGAGAUGAUAACACGACCAGUACUCGAUGGGCUCCUCCAUUGGGCUAUUUGCCCUUCAGCCCAUGGCCAGGAUCCCUUCCCCACGUGUGGUAGUCAUUCAUCGCUCUCGCCACAGCGAUUGGCUCUUGAGGCGCUGUGCAAACUCUGCGUGACGGACGCCAAUGUGGACCUCGUGAUUGCCACACCGCCAUUCUCGCGUCUCGAGAAGCUUUGUGCCGUGCUGACGCGUCAUUUGUGUCGCAAUGAGGAUCAGGUGCUGAGGGAAUUCUCAGUGAAUUUACUCCACUACCUAGCGGCGGCGGAUAGCUCAAUGGCACGCACGGUGGCCAUGCAGAGUCCGUGCAUUUCGUACCUGGUGGCAUUUAUUGAGCAAGCUGAACAAACUGCCCUCGGUGUGGCCAAUCAGCAUGGCAUCAGCUUCCUGCGUGAGAAUCCCGAUUCAAUGGGAACGAGUCUCGAUAUGCUGCGUCGUGCUGCUGGGACCCUCCUGCAUUUGGCACGACAUCCCGACAAUAGGCCACUGUUUAUGCAGCAGGAACAGCGACUUCUGGGGCUCGUGAUGAGUCACAUCCUGGACCAGCAGGUGGCACUCAUAAUCUCAAGGGUGCUCUUUCAAGUGUCACGCGGGCAGGGUCCCAUCACGACGGCCGAACUGAAAACCUCCCCGUCGGGGAUGCUUGUGGCCAAUCCUCCGCAACCCGUGGCUGCUUCCUCGUCGUAGUAACUAUAAAAAAAAGAAACAAGGUGACUGAAAUUUAUUAAUCUUCAAAGCACGAAGAGACGACAAUUUUGUGGUUUAGCUGAGCGCGCGCUUAGGAAAUAGGAUGAGUAGUUUUUUUUUCCUUCGAAAAGACAUGAACACACUGAAAGUCGAUUCCCAUCGGCUAAAGAUCUGACUCAAUAAGUAGAAAAAAAAAUCAUUUCUAAUUUAUAAUUUACAAAAAGAAGAAGAAAAAAUGAAACAAAAUGAGGAAAACUACUACUGCUAUAAACUAGAAUUGACUGUGUAUACCUUUUAAUUAUAUACAUUUAGUAUAUAACUACCUAUAUUACCACUCUAAAACAAAUGAAUAGUAAUUUUAGAAUGUGGGAUAUAUUUAAAGAAAAAAAAAACAUAUAUAAAUAGGAUAUUCAAGGAGACUUUCAAUUGUAAAAAAAAUGAAGCAGACACAGAAACUUUUAAAGGAAUCGAUCACAAAAUAGCUUCAACAGAAAAAAAGGAGAAAAAAAAGCAGAAUUGUGUUUAAAAACAAAAAAAUAAACAGAAAUAAAUCGAAUCUUAAUAGAAAAUAGUUUACAUUUAAGUAGGACACAUAAAUAAAAAAAAAAUUGUAUAGUUUGUAUACUAUUAUAUAUAGAACGAGAAAAAAAACAGAAAAAUGAGAAAAAAAAUAUUUAAUUUCCAAUUGUGUAUUAAUGAAAGAUAUUGUAUUAAUAGUAGAAGAGGAAAAAAAAAAGAAGAAAAAUUAGUGAACAAAAUGCGCUGACUUGAACUACAGGGGAUUGAUUUGGAUAUAAACUAAAAAAAAUGAAAGUUUUAAAGAAAACAUACGAGUAGGUUUAUGAUGAACAAAUUUUAUUUUUUUUUAAACGUGUCGGAAGUCGAUGAUUCGUAUUUUUUUUUAAACUUAGAAAAUGGCAAAAAUGGAAGGUGGGAGAGUUUGUUGCAAGGAAGGAAGGAAAGAGAUUUUUUUAAAUUCAACUUAAAAUUGCAAAGAGGAAAUAUAAUUCAUAUAACAGGGCGUCCCGGAAUCAAUGCGGAAUUUUAAUUUGAUGACUUUUUUUUUUGUUGAAAUAUCAAGAUUUUUAUUGAAAAAUAUUAAAGACUGAACGAUUUGUUAAAGAAAUUUUGAAAUAAUUCUUAUUAAUUUAUUCAUUUUGAUUAGUUAAAUCUUUUUGAUCAUUUUAAAGGUUUUACAGUUAUUUUUAAAAACUAAUUAUGGCAGAAUUCAAAAGAAAGUUUCACAAUUCCUAAAAUGAUUUUAUCCGCUUCAAUGUUAAGGAACAGGUAGAGUUAUCACCUUUCCUGGAUUUAUAUUAAUCUUUUCAUGAAGAAAAUUGAAUGAAUUUGGUUUUAUUUGUUUUGUUUUCUCAAUGAAAAUCUUCAAUAUAUUGCCAGGAAAUAUGUAAAAAAUCAUUUUUUUUUUUAAUUUUAUUUGCUUUAAUUUUGAAUAAUUUUCCAACUUAAUUUAUCGAAUUACAAAAAAUAGAGGGACUUGACAUAGCAAAAAUCGACUAAAAUAAAUUCCAAAAUAUUAAAGAAAAAAUAAAUCCAAUUGAAAUUUCGUUCCUUUUUUGUGGGACACCCUGUAGGAAUUGUGUGGGAGGGCUAAUCAUUAAACUCCAAACAAUUUUUUUUUUACUUUUUCGGAGGGAUGCCAAAAGCAGAGUAAUAUACAAAUCUCAAUUAUAUUCCGGUUGUAUGUGAUUUAAAAAAAAUAUUUUAUUCGUUUUUACAAGCGUAUAUAGAUAAAUGUAAUAAAAUAAUAAAUAAUGAAGAAAAAAGAAAACAAAUUCAGUGAAUAGUUCAUUUCUCUCUUUUUUAUAUUUUAAUUUUUUUUUUGCAUAAAUGAAAGAAAAGUGAUAUUAAGAAAUGUAUAUAACUUAAUUGACAUAUACAAUUUAAAUAGUUUGCAUAUAAAAUAACUUGAGACUCUGUACUAGGAACUGAUUGUUUAGGCACGAACUUUGAACUGGGGUGGAGAAUGAAGGAUUUUAUUUUUGGGGGGUGAUUUUCUCUUUGCGCGAAGGUGAAAAAACGUGGCGGAUUUUCUUCUCUCACGCAAAAGGAAAUUCCCAACUUAAAAUCGAUGAAAUUAAGAUGAAAAAAAAUAGUGAAAAGUGAACUAAUUUAGAGAAAAAAAGUGGUAUUCUUAGCUAGAGCUGUGAAGAUAUUGGGGAUGCUCUAUUUGGUGGCGGGGUAUCUCCAAUAAAUUUAAUAGCUAGACACGAACUCCAUAAGGAAGCGUUAGAUGAAAAAAAAAAGAAAAAAACUUCAUUAUAUACCAAUUUAUAUAAAUUAAGUAAAACAGUAAUUAAAUGCAUAGGAAUAUUGUGGUGUGACAAAAAAAUUACUUAAUUGAAAUGACUACGAAAAAAAAUAUAGCGCCAACACAUUGAAAAAAAAAAGAAAAAAAGAAAUAUUGUGAAGAAUAAGAUUCAGUGGUGAAUAAGUAAUUAUUAUUGUAUAAUCAAUUUAAAGAAACAUGAAAAAAAUGAUGAAAAAAUAUGUAUUUAAAUAUCACUUAUUAAAUUAUUGAGAAAGAAGAAGAAAAAAGAUGAGAAUAAAGAAAAGGAAAUUAGAAGAGUGCGAGACACUUUCAAUGGAUGAGAUGGUAGCGCAAAAAAAGCCAAUAAAAUGUGUCACAAAAAGCUGUAUAAAAAAAAUUAUUAACUCUAUUGAAGAAAGGAAAAAAAAUAGAAACGAAAAUGAGUUUCAAAAUUAGUGAAAAAAAAAGAGAUAAAACCGAAUGAAUGAGUAUUGAAAUUUUAAUCACUUUCUCGCGUUGGGAAAAAAAGAAGCGCAAACGAGAGAGAAAUGGCGUGUAGGAAAGUAGAAAAAAAAUCCAUCUCAAAAAAUUGAUUAUAUCAAAAUGCAGAUGAGAACGACGAGCAGUGAAGACCUCUAUGUAUAAAAAAAAUCAACGAUUAUUUAAAGUAAUCAAUUUAGUUUAAUAAAAGUUUCAUGAAAAGAAGAAAAAAAAUGAUAGGUUCUAGUGCUAAAUGCGAGAGAAAAUGAGGAUAAAACGGGAUGAUAAAUAUGCUCUUAUUGAUAAUUUUAUUGUUUUUUUUACUAUUAUUGAUUUUAAUAUUAAAAAAAUAAUUAUGUAGUUACUAAUUUAAUUAAAAAAGAAAAUGCAAACACAACAAAAGUGAAUUUGAACAAUGUGAGUGAGCGAGAGAGAUGAUUAUUUUUCUUUUGUACUGUAUGCGUAUAGGAUUUCUUUGUCUUAAGAAAAAUUUUCAAAAUAAAAUCAUUAAAAAAUUUCUUUUUCACGUAUUUUCGAAGACGACGAUAAAAAACGUGUUCCAUUCAAUGAAAAAAAGUUUAUUGAAAAAAUGCCGAAAAUGUCUUUAAAAAUUUUCUUCCUCAGUUUUUUUCCUUAAAAUUUCUUUCCAUUUUUGAGUAAUUUUUUUUAAAAUAAAUAAAUUAAAAAUUCAUGGUAUAAGGAUAAAAAAAUCAACAAAAGUUUACCAAGCUAGAGAGCACACUUACUGAGAAUGAGGAGAAAGAGUAAAUUUUGAAGAAAGAAAAAAAGUACAUACUGACUUAUGUAAAAGAAUUAAACAAUUUGAUAUGAUAAAUGAGAAAAAAAGUGAAAUCAUAGAAAUAAUAAAAAAAAAAUGAAAUUCAAAAGGACAUUUUCAUGUUUGGUAUUAUAAUUGUGCAAAUGCUUAUUAAUGUCUGAAUACUGAAAAAGAAAAACAAGUAAAUUUUAGUGUACAUAAGAAGUACUCAAAAAAUAAAAGUGAGAAAAAUUAA